AGUCCUUGCGGAAGGAUGCUGUCGUACUUUUUACCCUAGAUCGAAUUUAAUAUUACGCGAAAUCGCGACACACACGUGGUACUGUGCUAAAAGUGCUUCUAGAUCAUUAUAAACUAAUUGUUUAUAAUACUUUUCUAAUGUUUGACUUCGGUGUGCGUUAGAAUUUCUAAGUGGUAAUAAUAGAUAUCAACUAUGUGAGUGUGCUUUAAGUUUUAAGGACAUUGAGUGUACCUGCUGGGCAAAAGUGUAGACAUGAAUCUGAGGUGGUGUUGUAGUUUAAUUGUUGUAUCCCUAAUAUGUGGACAUUGUUUCGCGUUGCGAUGUGAUCGUACGCCGGACGGCAGUACAGCGCCUCGCCUGCCGGCUGAUGGGCGGUUCAGAUUGCGCAUCCUGGGCAGUCCUGAUAAAUACUCACCAGGCGAAAUUUAUACAGUGAGUUUGCAAGGUUCGCACUCGCUCCACGUCCCUCAUAAAUUCAGCGGCUUUCUUCUUGUCGCCGAGCAGGAAGGCCUGGUAGAGGAUGGCAUCGGAGGCGUCGGACUUCCUCCGCCAGGAGCAGCAGGAUCUUUUGCUCUAUACGGAGAUGCACUUACUAAAUUCAGUGAUCGAUGCCCGAAUGCAGUCACACAAACUAGUUCUAUGCCGAAGAGCGAGAUUCAGGUAACUAGCUAUAAAAUAAUUUUAACAAACAUGAUAGUUUUACGCCAAAGAGCAAAAUUCAGGUGCUACGAAUCUCUCGAGGAAUUUCUUAUAAAUUCAGAAUGUUUUCGUGUUGACGGACGCAAUUUCGUUGACUAUGCUCCAGUUGUAAUCAAUCAUCUUUGCAAAGCUCGUUGUAAAGCCUAG